AUGGCUGAAGAUAUCUUAAGAAAAGAAGGCCUUCCUGCUACAACCCCAAGAUACAGGCGUGCCUUCCGGGAAGAUUUCAAUGAGUUUGCAGACAGGCUACUUCAAAAAGCAUUCUUGACUUAUUACUUCUCCUCCCAAACUCUGAUCCUCAGGGUGACGGUUUCUUCUAUACACCAGACCUCAUGGGGUACUUUCUCUGAAAUAUUUGCUUCUUGGCAUAGGGCCCAGGAGAAUCGUCUGGUACAAAGCGGGGGUGACGUCCAGGGGACCACAAGGGUGAAGAAACCAGAUUGUAGCUGGAAGCCUGCAGGUUACCAACCUAACAGAGAUGUAAAAUGGCCAACGGUGGUUGUGGAGGCAGGGUGGUCUGAAACACUCAAGAAAUUGAAGGAAGAUGCUUCGUUCUGGCUCCAUGAGUCAAACCAGCAAGUCCAAGUCAUGUUGACUAUAAGAACCACUGAGAGGGGGACUAUCACCAUUGAAAAAUGGGCAGUGGACAGGAAUUCCGUCAAGCCCGUUCAAAAGAUGUGGAUCGUUCGAAACCGAAAUCACGAUUCUCAAAACCAUCAAAUUUCGGGAUCGAUCCAGAUUCCAUUCCAGGAAUGUUACCUCCGCGCGAAGAGGAACAGCGAAACAGAUUUCGUCAUGUCACACAGCGACAUGCUUGAUAUUGCCCAAAGUGUCUGGCAUUUCAUGGACGAGCUGCCGCAAUAA